AUGCGUCGUAAAACACGUUUCGUUUGCGUCUCAGAUACCCAUGGCUACACGCCUUCCGAGGCAGGUUUCAAACUGCCGGCAGGCGAUGUACUCAUACAUGCGGGCGAUUUGACUAACAACGGAAGCAUGUCUGAGCUCCGCAGGACGAUGGAUUGGAUCUCCAAGGCCGACUUUGAAAUUAAAAUCCUUGUGGCGGGCAAUCACGACGUCUCAUUAGACCCGGAAUUCUAUGCAAAGCACGGCCACACAUUCCACGGCCAGAAAUUGGAAGACCCCCAGCAAUGCAUAGAUAUCGUCACAGGAGCAGCACCUUCCGUUAUUUUCCUUCAACAUCAAGCAGUCACCAUCCGCCUGACCCGCGAGAACGGCCCCCGGACGGCAUUCACUGUUUCAAAGGGUCAUGGGCCUUUGGAUAUGAGUCCAGCAAGGCUAUGGCACUCUGGGACCAGAUCCCCCCCGAAUGUGGAUAUUGUCGUGACACAUACGCCACCACAGCAUUUAUGUGACCGGAAACCGGACGGGAGUUUCGUCGGGUGCAAUUCGCUCCGUCAAACUCUGAGCCGCAUUAGACCACCAUUGGCUAUUUGUGGCCAUGUGCACGAAGGACGAGGAUAUAGACGAGUCCGUUGGCGAGAUGCGAGUAUGGAAGAUACACAGCACAAUGAAGCGACUGAGACGGGCGAGGGGGCCGACCGAUUCAUUGAUGUUCCCCUUCCGCCCCGGGGAAGCAAGAAGCUGAACCUGGUCGACCUGACUGGCAAACGGGGAGACCGUUUAGACAGCUAUGGCUUUGCAUGUGAGGUUCCUGGGCUGCAGCCUCUAUCUGAGACCACAAAUAUGCGGGUGAUACCAUUGCUAGACAGUACUGGAUCAGCCGCAGUUGCCGUGCCCGACGAGCAGAGAAAGAGAGCAAAUGAGAGCUUUUCUAUAUCGUCGUCCUCGAGCACAGGAGACCGUUCUCUCGAGUGCUUAUCAUCACCCAGAAAGGAGACUUGCAUCCUUAAUGCCGCGAUUGUGGCUACUAGUUGGCCACAUCUGGGAGGCAAGCAAUUCAAUGCACCGAUAGUCGUUGACAUUGAGCUGCCAGAGUGGUGGCCACUGAGUGACAGAGAGAACGAUCUAGGUGAGAAUUGA